CCAUCAGUCAUGCCUGAUCCAGUAUCAGUGACCCUUCAACAGCUCCAGCAAGGACUAGAUGGCACCACCUUGACACAGGCAUUUGGUCCCGACUCCUUGGGGAUUAUAAUCGUGAAGGAUCUACCAGCCAAAUUCCACCAACUAAGAUUACAGGUAUUGAAAAGUAUUUCCGUACUUGCUACGCUUCCAAAAGAAAGAUUAGACAAACUCCAAUGUGAAGAGUCGACGUGGCUCACUGGCUGGUCCUGUGGCAAAGAAGUUUUGGCCAGCACAGGCGAGCCGGAUUUCAACAAAGGCUCAUACUAUGUCAACUGUGCGUUUCAUCGGGACCCCCGUCUAGAAGGACCCACCCCAGAACUAUGUGACAAGUUUCAAGACUACAAAUCCUACACCUCGCCCAACAUAUGGCCACCCACGGAUGUUGAAGGGUUGGAGAACUUUGAAAAAGAUACCAAGGAGUUGUGUAAUCUUAUAAUCGAAGUCGGCCAAAGCAUAGCCAUCAACUGUGACAAGUUCAUGGGUCACCAGGGUGUUUAUCAACUGGAUUUUUUGGAAAGAAUAGUAAAGAACAGUACAUGUACCAAAGCAAGAUUAUUACAUUAUUUUCCCUCCGAUUCGAAGGACAAGUCAUCCGACGACGAUUGGUGCGGAGAACACGUCGAUCAUUCGUGCAUUACCGGAUUGACUUCUGCGUUAUUCUUGGAUGAGUCCAAGGGCCUUCUUCAUGAUCUCGAAAAGUCGCCCGAUCCGCAAGCCGGAUUGUAUAUUCGUGAUCGUCAUAAUAAUGUCCAUCAAGUGAAAAUUCCUAGUGAUUGUCUUGCAUUCCAGACUGGAUCGGCACUUGAAGAGGUCUCUCAGGGUAAUUUUAAGGCUGUGCCACAUUAUGUGCGAGGCACCAGCGUCAGUCACAUCUCUAGGAACACAUUGGCAGUUUUUUGCCAGCCAGACCUCGAUGAAAUGGUAAAUGAUAAGGAGAACUUUGCCCAAUUUGCUACCAGGGUUAUCAAGGGUAACCACUGAUAGAGAUAGCUUGUAGGAAUAGUUUGAAAUACAACAGCAAUAUUAUAGAUUGUUACAUAUAAGAAUGCGAAUUGGCUUCUGAGAAACUAUACGUACUACAUUUUCUGCGCAAUAGUGGCCAA